CGCCCACCGCCGGCCAGCGACAACACUUGGAAACAACUCCAUGCGGCACUCUCGGGCAGACUCGCAGCAGGCAUUUCACUUCGGCUCGGGGCCGUUAUGAUUUCCGCAUAAUGUCGGCAGAGGUCGGAAUCCAGAAGUUCUCCUUCCCCUUCUCCUGCUCCGCCCCACAGGAUGAGGCCAGCCAGCCGGGACGCAUCCGGGUCAAGGCCCUGGAGCGCCGCGGGCUGCCGGAAAAUCCCGUUGCGAGGCCGCCGGGCGCCGUUGCCCUGGUGGGGAUUUUGCCGGGGGACGCUCCCGACGGGGACGAGAGCCGAGCCCCGCGGAGCGCCGUGCUUUCUCGCCGCAGCGUCUUCGAGAAGCUGGCGACCGAGGCCGAGGACCAGCGGCCGACGGCCAAGAGGCAGCUGUCGACCGAGAGCGCCUCCAGGAGCAUCGCGGUUGUGAAGAAGAGCGCCGUGCGGGCGGAGGAGCCGCAGAGGAACCUCAAAGCCAAGGCGGAGGUGGCAACGAGGGAAAGGCGCGGGAGGAGGAAAGACCUCUUUGCCAAUUCCGACAUCUUCCACCGGCUGGAUUCGCAUGUCAUCAGGGCCGGCGCCGAGCUUCGGGAUAAGCGCGUUCACGAUGUGGCGGCCAUCGUCCAGAACAUCGCCAGCGUUGCCAAGAGCGAGCUGGAGAAAAUCCGCGCCAUCUGGGUUUGGCUUUGUCACAACAUCGAGUACGACAUCGGCGGCUACCUGGGAAAAUCGCAGAAGCUGUGCUCGCCGGAGGAAGUCAUCGCGAGCGGUCGCGGAGUUUGCUGCGGCUACUCGGGUCUCUGCAUGCAAAUGUGCAGGCUGGUGGGCGUCGAGUGCCAAGAGGUGGCGGGCCACAGUAAGGGCAUCGGCUACCGCCAGGGCCAGAGCCUCAGGAACGUGAAAUCGGAUCACCUGUGGAACGCCGUGCUCUUGGGGGGACAGUGGUUCCUAAUGGAUGCCUGCUGGGGAGCCGGACGAGUGGACAUGGAACACCAGAGCUUCGUCAAAAGGUUCGAUGACUUCUAUUUCCUGACGGACCCGGAGGAGUUUAUCGAUUCGCACUUCCCCGACGAGGAGCGAUGGCAGCUUUUGGAGGCACCCGUCACCCUGGAGGAGUUUGAGCGGCGAGUCUUCAAGACCUCGGCCUUCUUCGGCAUGGGUCUCAGGCUCAUCCAGCCUCAUCACUGCCACCUUGUCACUGAUGAAGGCGAGGCCAACAUUUCGCUGGGCUUCUCGCGGCCCGUAACCUUCACCUACGAGAUCACGCCGCACCAGGACUUCCUUCACUGCGGAACUCCGGAACACAAGGAGGGCGGCCACUCCUCCUUCGGCCUCCUGACGGUGUCCCAGCACAGCAUGAACCUGCAGCUGCUGCCGCCCGCCAGCGGCGCCUACAACCUGAGGCUGUACGCCAGGCCCGAGAAGGCGACCACCCCGCUGAGUUGGGUGUGUUCCUUCACAGUGGAGUGCCUGGAACCGAGGGCCACCGAGGAGAUCCCCGAGAACCCCCACCUGUCGUGGGGGCUGCAGCCGGCGGCGGCUUCCCUGGGGGUGGCGGGGAGCAAUCAGGGCAGCGAGAUGGCGGAGGUGGAAGGAGGCAGCUUCAAACUGACACUGAGGACGUCGCGCUCGCUGAUGAUGCUCUGCGAGCUGGUCCAUCCGGGCCUGGAGGCCUCGGUGGCCAAGCGUUGCUUAGCCUCCCAGAUCCAACCGGAGCUUCUGACCUGCCACGUCGUCUGCCCGUCGCGCGGCUUCUACCGCCUCUCCGUCUUUGUGCGGGACUAUGAGAAAACCGAGGCGAGGUUCCAGAACGCCGCCAACUUCCUGCUCCACUGCAAGGGCAAGGUGGCCGGCCGGGACGAGCUGUUCCCGCCCAAUCUGAGCUCGGCGUGCGGGCCGGGCACCCGCACGGCGCAGGCGGGGCUGUCCAAAUUCAGCCACACGGCGGCGCUGGUGAGCACGCCCCAGGGCAAAUGCAACAUCACCUUCCACAACCGGCGAGACCUGGAGCUGUACACCACGCUGAGCCGGGCGGACGAGACCCAAGCUUCCGCCUUCCCGCUGGCGCGACACCUUUUCUGCACGCACACCGAAGGCAAGGUGACGGUCAGCGCGGGCCUGCCGGACGCCGGCACGUACCGGCUGGGCGUGUACGCCAGGAACGGCCCCGGCGGAGAGUUCCACCCCAUGUGCGACUUUGUGCUGAAGAACGUCUGCCGGCAAGCGGGGCUUCCUUUCCCUUGCGUCUACGCCGCCUGGAGGAAAGGCUGCGUGCUCUUUGAGCCCCGCGCCGGCCUGCUGGACGCGGCCUCCUGGGUCCGCUUCCGGGUCAGGAUCCCGGGGGCUCGGCGAGUGUGCGUGGUGGCUCACGGGCGGACCGACCUGAAACUGAACAAGAGCCGGGUCUGGGAAGGCGAGGUGUUCAGCGGGGAGGGGUUGGCGGUCCUCAAACUGGCCGCCAACUCCGGAGAGUCUGAAGACAUGGCGGUCAUGAUGACCUUCGACGUCAAAAAGCCGUCGUAAAGACGCUCGGAGUGUUUACUCGCUAUCCUCCAGAUCUGGCUUACGGUCCAUGUACUAGUACGCUGGUUGUCCUCAGACCCACGUCGAUAUAUCGCUUCGUUCCGAACUACUUCUCUGGCCAAAAAGAAAGAAUUCAAGCCGAACAACUCUGGUCCGUCGGGUGCCUGGCGCUUGGGCAGAAACUCGGGACGGAUGACGGGACUCUGGAAUAAAACCUCAAAUGGCUUUUUGUACCGAGGUCUUACAAUCGCGAGGCAUUGUCAUGACACUGCCCAGUUUUGCGCAGGUUCAAAUUUGGCGGGUCGGUUGCUCCAAAAAGUUUGAGGCGGUUUUUUUGGGGCAGAUUUCAGGACGAUAGUUUGAACAUUUUCACUGGUGCUCAGCUGUCAUGACUGCAUUUGUAUGUAUUUGUAUUGUGUGUCGGCAAGAAAAUGG